AUGCUUCUCAAGCCACACAACGCAAUUCACCACGAAGACAUGGAGCGUUAUGAAAACUUUAUGUCCCAAGUCAAAGAUCACCAUUACUUGGAUAUGUACUUCAAAGACGACAAAAUCCACGUCGAUAUUUUCGAAUACCCCGCCGAUACGAUCGUAGCAUCGGGCCUUUUCGAGCCUAGCUCUGAUUCCCAUGCAUACUUCGAGCAACAAGAGAACUUCGCCCGCGAGAUGGGAAUAUAUGACUCCGCAAAGCCUGAUGUUGAUGAACCUCAGGCUAGUCAGGAGGGGGCUAGCACGACUGGGGACGCACACGGACUUGAAAGAAGGGCUGGCUGCUCGAGCUCUCUGAAUGUCGAAUUUGAUCCUCUUUCCGAGCGAGCUUCGCGAUGUCGCCAAUUCUGCGGUAUUGGUGCGAACUGCGUCAGAAACUGUCCGCGUUGCUAUUAUGUUGGAGGUGCGUGCCGCUGGCAGAAAUGGUGCAUUUAG